GGAUGAUGUGUGCAGAAAAAAAAAUAGGGCGUUGUUGAGACUCUCUCAUUCAUUCGCAGAGAAACAUCUCGGUCCGUGAAGACGUAGGCGGGUGUAGUGUGUCCUUAAGAGAACCGAGAGAAGAAAAAAAAAAGAAAAAAAAAAAGGAAAAAGGAUCGCUUUGAGUCGAUCAGAGUCACAGAGCAGGAUAGCCCCAACAUGCGCACAGAGUGGGCUCUGCCGUGAGAGCUGCGGACCCGCACAUAAACUGCCAUUUUCAUUGGCGAGACCUAUUUCAGAAGCUCGCAGCUUUGGACCACUCGGGUCACUCAUGCGCACAUUUGAUCGGGGGGGGGGGGGGAUUUAAUUCAGAGUCAUGGCCAAGUUGUUCCGAGCGGCUAUCAUGGGUCCACCGGGAUCGGGGAAAGGAACGAUAUCCAGGCGGAUUGCACAAAGCUUUGGCCUGCAGUAUCUGUCCAGCGGCCACUACCUAAGAGAGAGCAUAGCGGCGAAUACAGAGGCAGGUGCGCAGGUGAGGACCUACGUAGAAAGAAGCAUGUUGGUGCCUGACCAUGUGAUGACCAGCCUGAUGCUGCCCAGACUGGAACAGCUGAUUGACCAAAGCUGGCUGCUGGAUGGUUUCCCCCGCACUCUGUCGCAGGCCAACGCCAUGAACAACCUGUGCCAGCUGGACAUGGUCAUCAGCCUCAACAUCCCCUUCGAGACUCUGAAGGAGAGAUUGAGCGCCCGCUGGAUCCAUCAAGCCAGUGGGCGGGUCUACAACAUGGGCUUCAACCCACCCCGAGUGCAGGGUAAGGAUGACAUCACUGGGGAGCCACUGAUUCAGCACGAUGAUGACAAACCCGAAGCCCUGAUGGCCAGACUGAGACACUACAAAGAUGUCGCCAAGCCCGUCAUAGACCUGUACAAGUCACAAGGAAUCCUGCACUCGUUCUCUGGUACAGACACGGACCGUAUUUGGCCUUAUAUAAAUUCCCUCCUCAGCACCAAGAUGCACACACAGCCAUCAGGUUACGUUCAAACCCAGAGACCCUGACAUUCUGAUUGAUAAGACCCAGAAGAGAACAGUUUCUUAUUUCUAGUAGAUGGAGCUGAUGUUUUAAGACGUGUGACUCAGCUUUUAGUUUCCCUCUUGUUGAGGUCUAAGUGAACUGAACAAAACUUUAGUCUUCAAACAAAUUUGUAGUAGAGUUGCCAAAGGGGUUUUAUCAAAUGAACGGUUUUAUGCAAUUCUAGAGCUUUAUUGAUUGUGUUGAUUUCUGCACUAUUUUGAGACAUUUCAUUUUGAUUUUAACUAUUCAUCCAAAUAUUACACAAGUACCCUGCGUCAGGCAGCACUUUGCUUUUUAUCUACAAUUUGUUCCAAUUGCAAUUGUCACCACAAUUCAGGGAAAAAGGUAGAAUAUUGAUAUGAAAUCGAACCCUUGAAACAUUAGUCUGUCAUAUUUAAUUGUGUAUGCUUUAAUUUUCAUAAUCAAGUAAACGAUCACGUUGUCGCCUCUAUGGUUAUACUCUGUGCAGUUUGAGAGUGAAAUUACCCCAUGAAAACAAAGACUCUUUGUUUAAGUGGUUAAAAACAACAACAACGCUAUAACCGAUAACUAAGUCAUCCCCACAGCUUUCACUUUCAGAUUCAAGGGUCCAAUUUCUGUAAGUCAUGUGUAAUAUGCUGAACAUAAUGCCCACAAGUCUACUGGUACAACAAACCUUCAAACCAGUUUGUGGUUGUUUUGCUAAAAUAGCCAUCAAUUAAACAAACACUGCUGAAGAAUAUUACGCAAUCUGCAACUAAUAACAUGCAGUGCAGGACCAUCUACUACGCAGCUGCUGGACUUGCGCAAUAUUACAAAAGCUCUCUCAGUCCCAACACACUCUGGCUGGGAUGAAGACUAAUGCACAGAAUAUAGAUUGCCUUCAAUGCUGUUACAUAUCUUUUUUAUAUAUAUGGUUUCCAAUAGAUUGGAAUCAUCAAAAUCGAAUAGUAGUAUUUUCCUCGAUUUUUUUAAAUUUUUUACUUUAAGUCAGUUGAAUUUCAGUAAUUGCAAAAUUGUAUGAUUCAGAAGCAUUAAUCAUAUAAAGUGUAUAUUUGUCUUAUUUCCUGAUGUAUUUUAUGUGUUAAUGCAUUUUACAAGUGAUUGGUAAAGGUUUUGUAAUAAUAAAAAAAAGCAAAGAGGUUUUUCUAAAUUAUAAUUUAUUUUAUGAACAAAUUUGCCUCAUUCUCGGUUUCCUUAUGGUCUAAAGUGGGUGUCGGAGACCUGGGAGAUGACAGACCAAAGAUACAAAGGAAGAUAAAACCGUUUUCUUUCAAUAGAAAGAGGAUAAGAUGUCUGUGGAUUGUAGUAGGACUGCAUCUGAUUGACACUUUGGUUUCAUGUUGGGGAGCGUGAUAUGCCAGUCUGUGUGGCUGAAUGAAAGGGUUUGGAGUUAAAGUGCUAUGUUAUAUGGGACCACACCCCUCUGCCGUUGUGUAACCACAGUAUUGUGGGAUUUUCCUUCCUUAUUUUGAAUUCUCGGUCUCUGACUAUGUUACAUUCUCAGAUUAAAAAAACUAUUUGACCAAG